CUCAGAGAACGCUCCGCCCACAUAGAUUUGUUUCCAUGGCUGUGCGUUACGUCUUGCGAAGCCAGAGAAACGUCAGUGCUGCCGCCAGCCUAGGUUAGGUGUGAAAGUUUUGCGUUUAUUUACGGCCAUGGAUUCCUACAAAGUUCAAAUGUGGGCAAAAGCAGACCCGUUUUUAAUAGGCGCGCUGCAGUUCCCUCCGCCGGCGAAAUUUAAUAUGCAUUACCUGCGGAAGAUGGCAACGUAUGUGAGAACCCGCUCAGCAGAGGGCUGCCUCCCGCGCCUUAGCUGGGCGAUGUGGCGGCACAUAGCGUGCGGGAAGCUGCAGAUGGUGGAGGACGCUGCCUGGCUCUACUUUGAGGCGUUCCAUAGCCUGACUGAGCGGAGCGCCGACAAGAGCCUGGAGUGGGCGGAAUGCGUCUCCAGCUGCUCCUCUGUGGCCGAGUACGAGACGGCGAAGAGCAAGCUAUCGGUGGAUUCCCUCCAGUUCCUCCUUUUCCUUUAUGUGCAACAAAUUAAUAAGGUCUCUCUUCGUACUUCUCUGAUUGGGGAUGAAUGGCCGAGUCCCAGAGCAAGAUCACCUACUCCUGAUUCAACCGGGCAAUCAAACUUCCAUAACAAGAACUGGGAUGAAUAUGGCCACCAUGCGUUCAUGCAGAAUCAUAUACCUUAUCUUUUGGAGUUGCUUCUGGAUCCUGACCAGCUCACAAAAUCUUCUCAUUCCAGUCACUGUAGUCUUUUAUCCCUUGAAGCUGCUCAAGCUCUUGGCUUUCUUCUUGAAGGAACAGUGGACAAAAACAGAACUGUCCAUUCUUUUAUUGAUUUAGCACUUUGGCAUCCAUUGCAAACUGUAAGUGGUUACUCAAAGACAACUGAAACAUUCUCCCUUCAAAAGUUACAGGCCUGGAUAAAGGAAUGCUUUGUGGUGAACCCAUUUGGGAUGUCAGCAUGCAUCAGGUCAGGAAGAAAAUUAGCAUGGGCACAACAAAUUGAUGGCUCAAACAGAAAGGCAAAAAUUAUUUGUAAUGUUUAUAAAGUGCCACGAGGUAAUCAUAUGGUUCUCAUGAGUUAUAUACACAGACAAACUUUGGCCAAAAGUUCUGAAACAUUGGUGGGAGCACGUGUUAAAAUCACUCACUGUAAUGAAUCUUUUAUCUAUCUAUUAUCUCCAUUAAGAUCUGUCACAAUUGAAAAAUGUAGAAACAGCACAAUUGUCCUAGGACCAGUGCAAACUGUCCUUCAUGUUCAGAUGUGUGACCAUGUAAAAGUUAUCAGUGUUUGUCAGCGAUUGUCACUUUUGUCUACCACAAGCUGUACUUUCCAUAUACUUACUCCUACAAGGCCUCUUUUAUUCUCUGGUAACCAGUGUGUUGUAUUUGCACCCUUUCACACUCAUUAUUCAAUGUUAGAAGAUCACAUGGGACAGACUGGUUUAGCCACUUUGCCUAAUUAUUGGGACAGACCACAUCUGCUGUCUACAGAGAAUGACGACCAGGUAUGGAAGCUCAUGUCACCUCGAGAGUUUUGUUCAUUUGUUAUUCCAUUUGAAAUGGAAGGGGACACAACUGAGAUUCCAGGAGGCCUUCCACCUGUGUUCCAGAAAUCAAUGGAUCAGAGACAGCAGAAAAUACAAAUGUGGCAAAAAGCUGUCAAGGAAGCAAAAAUAACUAGGGAGCAGCGAAAGCAAUUCCAGAAGCUUGUUGAACAAAAAUUCAAUGAGUGGCUCGUUAAGACUAGAAAUCGACAUCAGUUGGAUAGCCUUGUACCAUCAACAGACUGCACAAAGCAAGUUGCUGGAUAGUGAAAACAUUUGAUCAUAAAUGAAACUUCAGUUAGCGGAGUCUCUGUUUUGUAAAGUCUUCAUCAACAAGCAUGGACAAGGGAAGACAGACUACUAAACACUGGAUCAAAACUUUUUUUUUUCUUCAUACAUUUUGUAUUCCAAACAUACU